GGCACCAGUGCUUACACAAAAUUGUGCUUCAUAUGCUUCUCUUCAUGAUUCUCUGUUUCACCACGUAAAUUGGCACGCGUUCUAUUUUGGUUUCCUGAAUUUGCUGCUGCCUGCAUCAGCUGACUGAACCAUCCCACAGGGUUUAAAGAACAGGAUAUUUCAGUCAUGGCUAAGAGUCUCCAACAUCGUGGCUGCCUCAGUCCAGAGGGGAUAAUCAGAGAGAUACAGAUCAACCUACUGGAGUGCAAAGUCUGCUUCGAGACGUUUAGCUCUCAGCAAAGGGAGCGCAGACCGCAGAACCUUUCCUGUGGCCAUGUACUCUGUCUGGAAUGCAUCACAGCUUUGUCCCACCCUCUCCUGAGGAAGCUGGAGUGCCCUUUCUGUCGACAGUUAUGCAGUGUUGACAGCACCUCCCACUGCCAGGUUCUUAGUGACCUAAAGGAUCUUCUGUUGUCUCAAAGUCCCUCACCGUCUGCUCCUCCGUGUAGAGCAAAAGCUGGUUUUAUCUUUCCCACAGCUCUGACGUGCACAACUCUUCUCCUGCGUACUGCAUUUGGUGGGUGGGGGACUCUUAUCAACCCAAGUGGAAUAGCUGUUUUGGGGUCCUCAGGAACAAUAGUUGUGGUCCAUGAUGGAGAGAAGAGAGUGGUGGUGUUCAAUCUACAGGGAAAGAAGCUGCACAGCUUUGGGCGAAAAGGAGCAGCCAGUGGGGAGAUCUGUUACCCAGUGGACGUGGCAGUGACCCCAGCUGGUCACGUGGUUGUGACUGAUGCAGGUGAUAAAGCUGUAAAAGUGUUCACAUCCAGGGGGAAUCACAUGUUGACAAUCAAAGAUUCCUUCCAGAUGCCCUGGGGCGUGGACACUGACAGCUGUGGACACAUCCUGGUCUCUGAUGUUGAGGCCGGCACCCUCUCCAAGGUGAGGGUGGACUAUAGUCACAGCGUCAUUCUAGAGCAUCAAACAACCAUUUCAGACCUUCAGUGCCCUAAAGCGGUGGCCUAUUGUUGCGUGAAUGGGAACACUGCAGUGACGGAGCAUCUAACUGAUGUCACCAAUCCAACGGAGAGACACCAACACAGAAGGCUCAGGGUGUUUACAAAAGAGUUCCACCUCCUUUACCAGACAGACACUUUUAGCCUGACCCUGCAGUCCACAGUGAGGCUCAGCAUCUCAGGUGUGGCGUUCGACAGAGAUGGAGAUCUAAUUGUGAUUGACUCAGACCAGGGGAUGAUUUGGAGCUUAGGGAAGCUCCAGAGUGGCCCAGUCCUUACUCCUCUUGUGGGAGACCAUCUUAUUCGCCCUGUUGGAUUAGCGCUACUGAACAACCUUCUCAUUACACUGGACAGUGGCGACCAUACAGUGAAGAUUUAUUCUCCCAAAUCUGAUGCUGGACCUGUGACAUAGUUUGUGUAUGAACAAUCCCAAAGUAGCUGUUCAAGUGACACAAAUUAAAGUGAAGUGAAAUGUAGCUUAUCACAGGAUGAAGUGACGAGAGGUUGUAUUAAUUUUUUUUUUGUUUGAGUUGCCUUCUGUGACUAGUUUACAAGUCAAGUUUUACUUUAGAUAGAGUGUAAAAAUGUCAUUGUGUUACUUUGAAAGUGUCAAAAUAAUUUAAAAAAAAGGUUGUAUAUGGUGAAACCAUUUUCAGCAGGACGUCAGGAAUGAAAUUAUGUCUGUUAUUGUGUUAAUGUUGUAGCAGUUGUUGAAAAUGAUGUUGUGUUAUUUAAUGACGGUGUAAUAUAGCAAUGUGAUGAUUCUCAGUCUCUGAACUGAUCCCAGGCUUUUGAAAAAUGAGGCCAAUUGAAACUAUCUGAGAAAAAAAAGGUCCAGCUGCUAACAGCAGACAGUGAGACCAUACAUAGAUAGUAUAAACGUUAUAUGCCACAACUACAGAUUAUAUGUUUAUUUUUCCCCGUGUAUAACAGAAGACUUAA